AUGUACCCGAGGGCUAGCUUCAGAGGUACAUUUACGGUGAAACUACACAUUGUGAAAGCACACGGUCCCGGCGAAAGCAAGCUACGCAACCUGAAGCACCUUCUAUACAACAUCUUUCCGAUUAUUAUCCCCAUUCUCUCUGUCAAGAUUGCCUCCUUUUACUCACUUAUAAUGGAAGAUUCUACUCAGUCUAACAUUUCAUCCGACGAAGUGCCACUUCUAGAGCCCCCGAGAAGAAGGCUAACACAAAUGCAACUUAAGAGAAACCAGGAGCUAGCAAAAGCAUGCCAUGCAAAUUGGGGCUCUCCAUUAGGUGUAUCAGAGUCUACCGGAGGGAGUACUCCUUUGCUACCUCGGGUGCAAGGUUACGAAAAAGAUGGCUUCACGCCAAUACCUCUUGCCCCUGGGGAUGACCCUGCUGGCUGGGCGGCCGUGAGACUAGAGGACUGGGAUGUUGAGUUGCUUGAGAGCAUGCUGGAACUAUCCCAGAUCACGAAAGGUAGGCCCAAGCAAGCCAGGCGAGCCUUAGAGUAUCAGAGAAUGCAGCGGCGUCGUGGUGAUGGCGAUGACAAUUAUAUCGCGUCUUUCACGAAGAAAGACGUAGAUGAUGCAAUCGUAUACUUGAAUUCCGACUCUGGAAGAGAAAAAGAAGCAGAAGACGGAGAUGGAGAGGUGGGAGCCAGGCCUGCAAGCAAUACAACUUCUACAUAUCCCACAAGAAGGUCCAGGAAUCAGCAGACUGCAAAGACAGUCGAAUUUAUCAAUCAGAUCCAAUGGUUUUGGGGCAUAACGAAAGAAAGUGAGAUACUACCAAGAGACUUCAAGUACGCACCUCGUGGUAUUCCUGGCGCGGACGGUAUCCUGCAGGAGGUAACCUUGGAUCAACAAGGUCUGGAUUCAGAACCACUGCCACCCAUCUAUUGGCCCCUGGGUUUAUUAAAGUCCAUGGAACGUCUCGCUAUAGUCACCAAGAACAAUCGUGCAGGUGCUCUGGAGGCACUGACCCGCGAGAUUAUGGCAAGACAAUCGGGUACGAGCGAGGGCCGCCAUUACUUAUACCUCACAGCUAGAGACGUUGAUAAGGCAUCGAACAAAAUAGCGCUGGCCAACUGUCUGGAGAAAAUGCAACGCAAGAAGCUCAUCAAUAAUCGCUCUGGAGAAGUCCACCCCAACGGUGGAGAUAUGAGCACUGAAACUGUCGAGGGAGAGGUCUCACAAAGUGAGAAACGUAUAACAAAACUACAGGUACGAUUCGAAAUCGAUGCUUCUGGAAAAGUCAGAGUCGUCAGAACCGAACCCAUAUCUCAACAGCAGCCAAUCAUCAUGCACGAGGUCGACGACUCCUCUCCUACCACUACGCGCCGCUCAGGACGUCAGACUGAGAGACCGGACUACAAGGUCCGAAAGGCAUUGAGAAGCAUGUAUGGUCGGCGUUCUCUCCCAAUCAUCCCAGACCCUACAAACACAGCUCAUCCUUUGCCGCUGCUACGACUACAGCUCUCCGAGAAAGCAAGGGGAAAAAGAAGGAUGGCUGACGCCGAGGACACCAGCACUGACACCGAUACUCAGCGCAAGAGGGCCAGAGCCCUAUCAAAGCCUCGAGGAACGACGAAAGAGAUAGCACAGCCAGCUCGUACCGCGGUUCUGGCGGAGCAGCCUCCCCAAUUCUCAUACAGCCAACACAACACGACCGCACCUCAGACCUCAGGACUCGUACAACCAGCCUUGCCUCCACCACACCAACCCACCCAGCGCCCUCAAACGCGCUCAGCACGACCAAACCGCCUCCACCAAAUGCUGCAAAACUCCACCACGCAGGACAAUCUCGCCAACACCGCCUCACUCCGCAACAACGGUGAAUCCAGCAGGACCGCCAACUCCGACCCGCCUCCACGCCUUCAACCAGCCCCUGAGCCCCUUGCCUCCGCACCGCACGCCAACGAACGUGAGAUCACGGCUCGCCUUCAUGGACUGCGGCUAGAGGCAUACCCGCUUCCGCCGCACGCAGACGUCAACCGCGUUGGGAUGGCGUGGACGCACACGGCAGAUCUGGGCAUUCUCGAGUGCAUCGAGGAUGCGCGCGCCUGUGCCUCUGAGCACCGUGCGUAUGCCUUGGAGCUUCGGCUGGAACAGCAGCGGAGGGAGCGAGAGGGUGGGAUGAUGGAAGUUCGUGCGGGUGAAGAGGAGGAGGGGUGGAACGGAGAGAGAGAAGAGGGCGGGGAGGAUGGAGCUCCGGGUGGGGAGGAGAGGGGGGAUGGAGAGGCCAUGGAGGAGUAG